GAAAAAGAAAAAUGGAGGGAACUGGAGAAGAAGCGCCAACCGACAUCGACAUGGACAUUCCAAUCGCAGAAGCGUAUAACCGGAUGAAGAAACUGAAGCCGAAAAGGAAAGCGAAGGUGAAUAAGGAGGCCGCUGUCGAUGGCGAAGACGAGGGUUUUUCGGUCCGCAAGGAGAAUACCGGCGGCGAUAAGAGUGAGUUUCCGCAUGGAAUUACUGUUUCCUUAUUCGAUGAUUCCGUGGAGAAUCACUUCAAAGCAGUGGAUAAUAUCUCCAAGCUUUGUGGAGAGACGGAUAUGGACGAUUUUGAUCCUGCUGAAAUUCAACGCUUGUCAUCUUCCAUCACAUUCUUAAGAGAGUGGAGGGAAUUUAAUUACCCAUCGAGGAAUUUAAGGUUUUCUUGUCAAAAUCAGAGCAAGGAGGGGAGAGAUUUCAUGGGUGAAAUAAGUUUACCGCAGUUUUCAUCAGCUACUGUUCCAAAGAAAGAUAUACGAAAUGGGGAUGUAACUUCUUCAGAACUCAGCAAAGAUUUUGUAAUGUAUGUUGGAGGUUCAGUUUGGGCAUUGGACUGGUGUCCAAGAGUCCAUUCAUAUUCCGACUCAAGUAUUAAGAGUGAGUUCAUUGCUGUUGCUGCUCAUCCUCCUGAAUCUUCAUACCACAAGAUUGGUGCACCCCUUAGGGGCAGGGGAUUUGUCCAGAUAUGGUGUGUACUGGGUACAAACAUGCAAAAGGACAUGCAAUCUCAGGAUAAAAAAAAACGGAAAAGAACUUCAAGGAAUAGUGAUACAGUUAUAACUGAAUCAUCUGAACAGCGGAGACCACGGGGGAGACCAAGAAAACAAACUGUAAAUGGAUCUUCAAAUAAUACAAAUUCUCAUAGUGAAACAGUUACAACUGAAUCAUCUAAACAGCAGAGGCGGCGAGGGAAACCAAGAAACCAACCUAUAAAUGGAUCUUCAAAUAAUACAAAUUCUCAUAGCGAAAAAGUUCAAACUUCUGCUGUACAAUACCUUCAAGAUUCAUCAGCAGUAGUUUCUAGAGAUGUGGCUUUGGUUGAUACUUCUGAUCAUGAAAAUGUUAAGACCAAGUUGCCUAAACAGAUGAAGCCACGUGGCAGACGACCAAAAAAAGCUGUAAACAAUAGCGAAGUAGUGCAAACUCCUGCUACCAAAUGUUCAUCCACAUUGCUUACUGGAGAUUUGGUUUCUGGAAAUACGUGUAAUCAUGUCCUUGAGGAGAACUCCCAACUUGUGCUAGAAGUAUCUACCAUGAAAUCCAAGUCAGUGAUUGUCCCUUCAAAACGCAUAAGAUUGAAGGAUAAGGGGAGCACAAGGGUUCAGGUUUCCAAAGAUGCACAAGAAGCUGAACUGUCCCUCGCAAAUCCUCCAACAGAAGAAAACUUAGCACUUAACAUGAUCACAUGUGAUUUUGGCUCAGCUAACUGCUCUAUUCCCAAUGAUGUUGCCUUGCCUAGAAUGGUAUUUUGUUUGGCUCACAAUGGAGAAGUUGCCUGGGAUGCAAAAUGGCGUCCAUGUGAUGUUUCUGACAAACAAAGAAUGGGUUAUCUUGCUGUCUUGCUCGGAGAUGGUGCUCUUGAAGUCUGGGAGGUUCCUUUUCCUCGUACCAUGAAAGUUAUAUACUCAGCUUCUCAAAAGGAAGGUACUGAUCCUCGCUUCAUAAGAUUGAGACCAGUAUUCAGGUGUCCAACAAUAAAGCGUGGCGGUAGGCAAAGUAUUCCCUUGACGCUAGAGUGGUCGGCAUCCUCUCCACAUGAUAUCAUUCUGGCUGGAUGUCACGAUGGAGUGGUUGCCUUGUGGAAAUUCUGUGCUACUGGUUCAUUACAAGAGACAAGGCCUUUGCUUUGCUUCAGUGCUGACACAGUUACUAUUAGAGCACUUACUUGGGUACCAGUUAGCAGCUAUUCUGAGAGUGCAAAUAUUAUUGUAACUGCUGGUCACAGAGGCUUGAAGUUUUGGGACCUACGUGAUCCAUUCCGUCCCUUGUGGGAUUUUUAUCCUUUUCAAAGGGUUAUAUAUAGUUUGGACUGGCUACCAGAUCCAAGAUGUAUUAUUGUAUCCUUUGAUGAUGGAACGCUAAGGAUUCUCAGUCUGUUGAAGGCUGCAAACGAUGCCCCUGUUACUGGAAAACCUUUUGAAGGUGCACAACAAAAGGGGUUUCACAGCUACUUAUGCUCUCCAUUUCAGAUUUGGAGCGUUCACACAUCCCGGUUGACAGGCAUGGUUGCAUAUUGUGGUGCAGAUGGUACUGCUCUUAGGUUCCAGCUGACUACCAGAGCAGUGGAAAAGGAUCCUCUGCGUAAUCGAGCGCCACAUUUUCUUUGCGGAGCAUUAACUGAGGAAAACUCAACACUCACAAUGUUCACUUCCUUGCCUAAUACUCCAUUUCCAAUGAGGAAGUCACUGCAUGAGUGGGGUGAAGCCCCAAGAACUGUGCGUGGAUACAUAUCUGUCUCUAAUCAAGAGAAGAGAGCAAAACAGAAGAUUGUAAAAGUUCGAUCAGAAGAAAAGCAUAAAGCUUUGUGUAAGAGGGGUGAUCUGGAUUCGGAAUUCGGACCUGAUUGCAUGGUGGUGACCGAGACCAGAGAGGCAGGCAAAGUGAAAACAAGCAGCAACUCAGAAGCUGAUCAGCGACCUAUCAUGGUUGGAGAAGACAAUCCAGAUAUUAUGCGUGGGGAGGUGGAAGAAGUUGAAGUGUUCCCGUCUAAGACAGUAGCUAUGCAUAGAGUGAGAUGGAAUACAAAUAAAGGAAGUGAAAAUUGGCUCUGCUAUGGAGGUGCUGCUGGAGUUGUACGCUUUCAGGAAAUUGACAUGUGCGGUGAGUGAAUAAUAAUCUUUUGUCCAAACAAGACUUUGGAGGCUGCAUUACGAGUUUCCGCCUGUGCGCGACUUUAAUAUAUAUACACACGGUUAUAUUCUGCAGAAAUAUUUGGCUCCGUCUUCAGACUUUAUUAUGCAAGUGUAAAUCUUUAUGUGCAAUUUAAUCCA